AUGGCUGGCCGUGCAUCAGUACUCACGCAACCCGCCUCAAACUCAGCCCCUAGCAAAUCCAUGGUCACAUCUCCCUCGGUAAAGGCGGAAGCAGCGGCUGUUGUCGCCACUGCACAACGAGAGCGCAACGAACGAAUCGCAGCACAGAAAGCGGGUGCCCCUGUGUGUGUGGUGUCUUGUGCUAUUCGCCUCCCCCAUGCUCAGGUCGACUCUCGGUGGGUAUUUAAGUGGUUGACACUCCUGACUCUGGCGCUAUCCGCCAUUGUCACACAAUGCACGUCUUUGAGCUUCUGCCUGGAGGACGAAUCAACCGAGAGAACUCAAUACCCCGGCCACGACCCGAUGCGUGCGUUUUUCAGCGCCCAAAUCCGCUCCUUGCGAAGUAAUGAUGACACAGCCGGAUCUCCGUGUGUUUCGAAAUGCCUCUCGUCUGCAACACGAGCUGCAGAGACGUUCGAGGUGCGGGCCCUUCAGCGGCAUCGGAACUUGCAUCGGCAGAAAACCUUGAGUGGUGGUCAUGCAUGUGGCUUGGAGCACUUGAUCGGUCUAACGUACCAUGGAGAAAACUAUUUGAUAAAGAUGAUGUCCGACCUUGCUUUUCUUGACAAAUCACCUGCUGCCAAGCACUAUCUCGAUGGUGCUAGCUGCAUGGAGAAUCCCUUCGUGUUGCCUAUCAAUGACAGGCUUCUGGAAGCUAGGUGUCUUGAUGCUGUAAAGCGCAUGCAGGUUGAGGUACGAUGUGCCACGCUGAGUGUGAGGGCACAAAUAUCACCGCUACAUGGGACAUUGAGAUCAAAUCAGUCUGCUACGAUGCCAGAUCUCAGGAAGUGGGACCCAGCCGCUCUUAUGAAUCGAUUGCACCUAAUUCCUACCCAUACGAAGAUUGGUGCUACAGCCCUCGACAGGGGAUUGUUUACUGAAGGCGAGCCAAGCAUCAACGGUGCCGGAACGAAGUUUUCUCGCAUGGGUGGGCGCUACGCAAGCCACCUGCCCCGCAGCUUUCAUUCACAAAACAGCGACAAGCCCAUUGUUUCAGAGAAUUCAUCAUCUGCCAGCCAAGUGCCCGAAUACAUGUUUCUCCGCAGAAUGCUCAAGGGUCGCAUUGAACCCAAGCAGCACGUGAAGCUCAAACCCGUUGUUGGUCUUCCUGGAAACCCUGUCUGUGGCGUUCCUAUCUCCCGGUCACCGCCCAGCGCCCGGGAGGAAUUUACUUUCGACGCCUUUAAGGACGCUGCCGCUAAUGACACCAUCGAAGACUCACCUACAGCUAUCAUACAGGCCUGUAAUAAUGAUCAAAGGAAAGCCAGAUUAAUCUGCGAGUUUGUUGGUACUACUACUGAUAAACAAAGAAGCUUGCGGUUGUCGAAGUCGCUUUCAAACGAGGCUACUCCGCGUAAGAUUUAUUCGACAGACAGGACUUCGGCUCGUGACUUGCACACCAAUCCCUCGACCGAGGCCAAGCCUCCUGAGUAUGUGAAUCAUAGCGCCGUCUCAGAUGAACUUGCAAGAGAGAGGGGCGCAAAACGAAUCCAGGAUUUAAUUCGAUCUCUUAUUGGGCGGCGCGUGUCAUUUAACGUGCACGAAACUAAACGCACACGCACAGUGGACGAUGCAAUGACUCUUUUCCAGGCCCACAUGCGUGGCAUUGCAAGCCGAAACACAAGUUUCCGCGAUCUUGUUGCUGCCAACGCCGGUCGCAGACGCACGAGAGUUGAUGAGGCUGUUGCCACCGCACUCGAGCGCGCAAUUAUGGAUGAGGAGUGGGAUGGCUAG